AUGAACUCAAGCUACACUGAGAAAGUGGAGAUCACUGCUGUUUGCUAUGAAUAUUUAAAUGGAUCUUGUCCUAAGUUUGUCUAUCCUCUUGUUUUGAAGGUGCCGCUUUAUUUGUUCUUUGGUUCAGUGGUGAUUUUAACAGUAUUUGGUAAUCUGUUUGUCAUUAUAACUGUUGUUCAUUUUAAGCAGCUUCACAUGCCAACUAACUUCCUUGUUCUGUCUCUGGCUGUAACUGAUCUGCUGCUGGGAGCUCUUUUUAUGCCUCCUCUUAUGGUACAGUCUGUAGAAACUUGCUGGUAUUUAGGCAAUAUAUUUUACAGAUAUUACGCUGUCUGUCAUCCCCUGCUGUAUCACAGUAAAAUCACUUCCUCUGUCACAGUAAUUAUGAUUGUCUUCUGCUGGAGUGUCUCAGCUGGAGCUGGGUUUAUGAUAAUAUUUCUAGAGCUAAAUAUUCUGGGUGUCGAAGAGUUUUACUAUGAGAAUGUUGCAUGUGAAGGGGGAUGUGUGAUGUUUCAAAGUGCAGCAUCGAGCACUGCUUCCUCUGUACUGUCCUUCUACAUCCCAGGUCUUGUGAUGCUCAGUAUAUAUAUGAAAAUAUUCCGUGUUGCACAAAAGCAAGCAAAAUCUAUUCAGGACUCAAAAUGUAAAAACAAUAUGAAAUCAAUUUUAAGUAAAGAAGAGAAAAAGGCUACUAAAACACUGGCUGUGGUUUUGGGUGUAUUUCUCUCACUCUGGACACCAUUUUUUAUUUACAAUGUCAUUAAUCCUUUUAUUGGUUACACAGUCCCUCCAAUUUUAAUUGAUAUGCUUGGUUGGAUUGGACUUUUAAAUUCUACUUGCAACCCUAUUGUUUAUGCUUUCUUCUACAAGUGGUUUAGAAAAGCAUUCAGGAUGAUUAUUUCAGGUCAAAUAUUUCAAGAAGGAUCUUCAAGAAUAAACUUGUUUUCACACUAA